CAUAAAGGAAGACUUUAGACUGUAUUCUUUUCUACUUUAUUUCACAGAGGAUGGGCAGAAGCUGCAAGACGUACUGUAUGAACUAACCAUGGAAACUUCAGUACCAAUUGUAUUUGUGCAACAGAAGCAAAUAGGAGAUUAUGACAAAACUUUAAAGGCACAUAAGGAAGGAAAGAUUCAAAAACUACUUGAAACAAAGGGACAUGAUCACGUGCAGGAUUCCUAUGACUAUGAUCUCAUUGUCAUUGGAGGGGGUUCUGGAGGUCUGGCUGCUUCCAAGGAGGCUGCCAAGUAUGGCAAGAAAGUGCUGGUGCUGGACUACGUUACUCCUACUCCUCAGGGAACUAGAUGGGGUCUUGGAGGAACGUGUGUAAAUGUGGGUUGUAUACCUAAAAAACUGAUGCACCAGGCAGCUUUGCUAGGACAAGCCUUACAAGAUUCACGCAAGUUUGGAUGGCAGUUUGAGGAGAAAGCAGUCAAACACAGCUGGGAGACGAUGACAGAAGCUGUUCAGAAUUACAUUGGCUCUCUCAACUGGGGCUACAGGGUGUCUUUGAGAGAGAAGAAGGUCACAUAUGAGAAUGCUUUUGGAGAAUUUGUUGGGCCGCACACAAUUAAGGCAACAAAUAACAAAGGAAAAGAGAAAUUUUACACAGCAGAGAAAUUUCUGAUUGCCACUGGUGAAAGGCCGCGCUACCUGGGUGUCCCUGGAGACAAGGAAUACUGCAUUAGCAGUGAUGAUCUCUUUUCUCUGCCUUACUGUCCAGGGAAGACCCUGGUGGUCGGAGCUUCCUACGUUGCCCUUGAAUGUGCUGGGUUUCUUGCAGGUCUUGGUUUGGAUGUAACUGUAAUGGUACGAUCCAUCCUUUUAAGAGGAUUUGAUCAGGAAAUGGCAAACAAAAUUGGGGAACAUAUGGAAGAACAUGGAGUCAAGUUUAUUAAAGAGUUUGUGCCAACUAAGGUCGAACGGAUUGAGGAAGGAACUCCUGGCAAAUUGAAAGUCAUAGCCCAGUCCACAGACGGCAGGGAAAUAAUUGAAGGGGAAUACAACACUGUGUUGUUAGCAGUAGGAAGGGAUGCAUGCACAAGAACAAUCGGCUUAGACAAAGUCGGAGUGAAGAUCAAUGAAAGAUCAGGAAAAAUUCCUGUCAGUGAUGAGGAACAAACUAAUGUGCCUUAUAUUUAUGCCAUUGGAGAUGUGUUGGAGGGCAAACUGGAGCUCACACCAGUGGCAAUCCAAGCAGGUAGAUUGUUGGCUCGAAGGCUUUAUGCUGGAGCAACCUUAAAGUGCGACUAUGUGAAUGUUCCAACCACAGUGUUCACACCACUGGAAUACGGAGCCUGUGGAUUCUCAGAAGAGACAGCGUUGGAGAAGUUUGGGGAGGAAAAUAUUGAGGUUUACCAUAGUUAUUUCUGGCCACUGGAGUGGACUGUCCCAUCUAGAGACAACAACAAAUGCUAUGCAAAGAUAAUCUGCAAUAUUCAAGAUAAUGAGCGAGUUAUCGGUUUCCAUGUGCUUGGUCCAAAUGCUGGAGAAGUUACCCAGGGGUUUUCAGCAGCCAUCAAAUGUGGACUGACAAAAGCGCAGUUGGACAACACAAUAGGAAUUCAUCCAGUUUGUGCAGAGAUAUUCACCACGCUGUCAGUGACUAAGCGUUCUGGUGGAAAUAUCCUUCAGUCUGGCUGCUGAGGUUAAUCACCCCCAUUGUUGUUGCGUUUGCCAGAGACUGACUUUCAUCACCACGGCUGACUUGUGCAAGGCAGAAGAAAACAUCUCCAAACAAGCUGUCCUCAUCAUCCUCGGCAGCAGUGGGCACCCCCUUGACCAAAGCAUUCACUUAACUGAAUGGGAAAAGCACAUUGGGAUUUGUUAGUCACUCGUGAUGAUUGGAUGGCAAUCGACAAAACAGUGGGAGUAUUUAACAUCAAGCUGCUGCAUGGCAAGGCAUCUACAGGAUGCUUCCAUGAUGUCGCAGCCUAAACCCAGUAUUUUCUGGUAGGCAGCGAUGGAAGAACUGCUGGCACAGUUUGAGAAUAACCCUUUUCUCCUAAAUGAAGAGCUUCCUAACUUAAAUGUGUAACCACAAGUAUUGAUAGUUCUAUGGUAUCGCCAUGUACUGCAUUAUAAAACAGUAUGAUGGUGACUCUUCCUCAGUGAGCCUGCAUAUCAUCAGAUCACAGUAAUGCAGCAGGUAAAGUAUGAGUAUAGAGGGGUGAUCUUAUCUCAUGUUUCAUUCUGAGUCGCAAAAUAGCCUGUCACGUACUUUUAGCCAUAAUUAGCAAUAUCCAGAAUAGCAAGUCUUUUUUGGCUUCCAAAAAUCCUAAAACCAAAAUUAAUCCCUCAUAGUUUCUUAUUCUAGAGAUGAAUACUUGUUACCACGGUUGCCCCUUGUACUAGCCUCUGAGAAAGGAAAAUGUUUAUCUUGGAUAGGGCUUGUCUACAUGGGAAAGCUUUUUUUGUGCGUGGUGGGGGGGAGAUCUUUAGUUUUUUGGCAUAAACUGCCUUCCAUCCAGACUGAAAUGAUCUUUUGGGGCAUUAUCUUGCAUCUUAUCCCUCUGUAAUUAACCCACUUUGGAAGUGACAUAAUUCUGUUUUGGAAUGUGUUAUACCGCUGUAAGAUUGGUGUGGACAUAUCCCCGUUUUGAAAUAGCUAUAUCGCAUCAGGUAGUCCUCUCAUUGCUAUCCCACACUGCAUUACUUCAUAUCUGGAUUGGCUUGUCUGGUUACGUGUGCACUCUCCACUAGAGCUGGGACCAAAACUUCCUUUUUGUCCAAAAAAUGCAUUUUGCUAAUUCAUGUUGAAUUUGCUGAAUUGUUUUGGUCGGGAGCAAAAAAAUUCUAAAAUAAUCAAAACACUUUGUUUCAACAUUUUCUGAAUGAGAUGUUUCCAUUUUUUAUUCAAAAUUAUUUUGCAUUUUGAAUUUUACCUCAAAAUUAUUUUAAAAUGUUGGGGAAAAAAAUCCCAGACCACAUCCUCAAACAAAACGUUUAAUUCAACCUAAAACAAUUUCCCUCCUGACUUUACGGUUCAGCCACCAAACUAAAAAAUCACUUAUUUGCACAGUCCUAUCCUCCACCAUAUCCGGUAUUUAAAGUCUAUGUGCUUGGUGAGGGAAAGGAGGGGUGACACGGUGGUCUAAGGGAUUGCGGACCUGGGGGGAAAAAAGAAAAAGUUUUAAAAACCAAGCUAGGUUGCUGAGGGGCACACCCAAGCACCGUUUUACCAAAGCUGCUGCUCCCAGAUUAUGAUGGACCCCCCCCCACACACACACACUUUUUUCAGACCAAUUUAAGCACCAACUGCAUCUUGAUUGGACAUCCCUAUCUCUGUUUAAAUAAUGGCAGACACACAAGUGCACCUGUGUAUCUCCAGUUCGAGGCAAGUUCGCAGACCCUGAGUCCAUUGCAACCUCAUGUGGUUGCAUCAGGAAAUUAAGGAAUUCCUGGCCUUCCAGGGAGAAGAGUACAUUCAAUCUCAUCUUUUCAGGAGUCACUAGAAUGCCAAGUUUCAGAGUAGCAGCCGUGUUAGUCUGUAUCCGCAAAAAGAACAGGAGUACUUGUGGCACCUUAGAGACUAACAAAUUUAUUAGAGCAUAAGCUUUCGUGGACUACAGCCCACUUCUUCGGAUGAUUUACCAGCAGCUAGCAGAGCAAAUGCAGGAGAAAGGGGUAUUC